UGACGUCAUCAGCCGCGCGACUGUAGUCAUUUGAUGAAAUCUCCUAACAGCCACGGCCAGCUUCGUGAACACCGCCGCUUCGGUAUCAUUUAUCAAACAAAUUUAUUAUUAUUUCUUCAAACCGCCACAAUGUGGAAAGAGUUGGACGAGGAAGAGGAUGAACCUUGUCGAGCGAGAGAGGAGAGCCAAGUGAAACAACGAGAUCCGGAAGCAGUUUCCAAGACUCGAAUUGUGCUACACAUGGAAGACACCCAGCAGCGGAUUUCUUGUCGAGUCAAAGAAGAAGAGGUGGCGUCACCGACCCCUCAUGUUAAUGAUGACGAGGAGGAUCGACAGCCCCGCCACGUCAAAGAGGAAGAGGAGGAGUUCCCACUGACUGUCGUCGUCGUGAAGGGUGAAGACGACGAAGACGAACCGCCUGAAACGUCUCAGCUUCAUCACUGCAGUCCGAGGAGAGACCACUGCAGAGGACCACCGUUGUCACAUAGUGACGACGUAGAAGAUACCAGCGACACAGGCGAUGACGACAACAAACUCUCAGAAACGGAGACGAGCAAAGGACGCUUCAGCUGCUCCAACUGCGGCAAGAGUUACGCAUACAAGUGCAGCUUGACACGACACAUGCAGACACACACGGGGGAAAAACCCUUUGUGUGUUCCAUUUGCGGCACCAAAUUCGUCCGAAAGGUGGCGCUGAUCGCGCACGCCGCCGCGCACACCGGAAAGAAGUCAUUUGUGUGCUCCCAGUGCGGGAAGAGCUACUCUUACCAGAGCAGUCUAAAUGCGCACAUGCAGACGCACAACGCUGAGAAGCCCUUCAGUUGCUCGGUGUGCGGCGAAGGCUUCAUUCAGAAAGUAGCCUUGAUUGCGCACACGACAACGCACACCGGAGAGAAGUCGUUCUCGUGCUCGGUGUGCGGUAAAACCUUCUCUUAUAAGAGCAACUUGAAUAUACACAUGCGCACGCACAAGGAGGAAAAGUCCUUCAGUUGUUCGGUUUGCGAUAAGAGAUUCUACCUAAAGUCUAUUAUGGUGUUACACAUGAGAACGCACAGUGGGGAAAAACCUUUUAGCUGCUCCGUUUGUGGUCAGAGGUUCACACGGAAGGUGAAUAUGAUUAAACACAAGAGAUCACACAUGGAACUAAAUAAGACUGCUGAUGUUUUCAAUUAAAUCUGAAAGUUUUAUUUCGAAUCCAUUGUGGUGGUGUAUAAGGUACAAGACUAUGUAUAUGUUCAAUGUCUAUUAAAGUUCUCAUACAUAGAAAUAUGCUCAGUAGUAGUUUAUUGUUUGUUUUUGGGAAUUAAAUCAGGAAACAAUCUUGUCUUUUGUAAUUUCAAUAAUAUCUUUGCAAAAAGAGCGAGCAAGUCAAGAGAGGUUCCAGAUGCUUUGUGUGUCUGCCUGUCUCUGAGGCGCACACGGAAGAGCAAUGCCUACUUAAACUGUAAAAAUGGAAGGAAAAUGAGGAAAAGAAAGGUUAUUUACAUCUUGUCCUUUAGAGGAAAGGGAGGUUGGUACAAGAAUCAAAUAUUAUAGACUAUAUUUUGUCAUUUUGCCAUAACAUGUUUUAUCAUAUUGUGAUUAUUUUUAUUCUGUUGUCUUUAUUACAAAUAUGAAUGUUUUAUAUUCUCUUG